CACUGUCUGAUUUUUUCUGCCUUUGAUCCUGGAAACAAAUAGUCGUCGAAGCUCUUUUUUUUCCUGCGCUACAUCUGGUAGUAGAAUCAGCCAGCGGCCAUAUGUAAUCUAUGCCCAUUCAUUCUGCCCUGGACACACUCCGUAUCGCUUUGUUCUCACAGGACUAGGGUUCGGGGCCGCAGAGGAGAGAGGUGUCCCGCUGCGGUGGUCGUGUCUGGGCCGUUUGUCGCUGUAUGCCCGAGUGACUGAUCUGGGUGGUGGUGGUGACAGUAACGAAAUGAUCGAGCGACCAGAGACUGCGGUUCCGAGCAUCGCUCAACGGAACCUGGAGGGCUAUGUGGGCUUCGCUAACCUCCCCAACCAGGUGUACCGGAAGUCCGUGAAGAGGGGGUUCGAGUUCACGCUAAUGGUUGUAGGUGAAUCUGGUUUGGGGAAGUCCACGCUCAUCAACUCCUUGUUCCUGACGGAUCUCUACUCCAAGGACUACCCCGGACCGUCACAGCGCAUCAAGAAGACUGUACAGGUAGAGCAGUCCAAAGUGCUGAUCAAAGAGGGCGGUGUCCAGCUGACCCUGACCAUAGUGGACACUCCAGGUUUUGGAGAUGCUGUGGACAACAGUAACUGCUGGCAGCCAGUCAUAAACUAUAUUGACAGUAAGUGUGAGGAUUUCCUCAAUGCAGAAUCCAGGGUCAACCGCAGGUCAAUGCCCGAUAACAGAGUCCACUGCUGCCUAUAUUUCAUCGCACCUUCCGGACACGGGCUAAAACCACUGGAUAUUGAAUUUAUGAAGAGGCUCCACGAUAAAGUCAACGUCAUCCCACUCAUCGCCAAAGCUGACACCCUGACCCCUGAAGAGUGCCAACUGUUCAAAAAGCAGAUAAUGAAAGAGAUACAAGAACACAAGAUCAAGAUUUAUGAAUUUCCAGACACAGAAGACGAUGAGGACAACAAGCUCAUUCGUAAAAUCAAGGAGAAGAUGCCAUUGGCAGUAGUCGGCAGUAAUGUGGUGAUUGAAGUGAAUGGGAAGAAAGUCAGAGGUCGCCAGUACCCGUGGGGCGUGGCUGAAGUGGAGAACGGGGAACACUGUGACUUCACUGUGCUGCGCAACAUGUUGAUCAGAACCCAUAUGCAGAAUUUGAAGGACGUCACCAACAAUGUCCACUAUGAAAAUUACCGCAGUAAGAAGCUUGCUGCAGUUACUUGUAAUGGAGUGGACAACAGCAAGGUCAAGGGACAGCUAACCAAAAGCCCUCUGGCUCAGAUGGAGGAAGAGCGCAGGGAGCACGUGAUGAAGAUGAAGAAGAUGGAGGCUGAGAUGGAGCAGGUCUUUGAGAUGAAGGUCAAGGAGAAGAAGCAGAAACUGAAGGACUCUGAGGCUGAGCUGGAGCGGCGCCAUGAGCAGAUGAAGAGGAACCUGGAGGCGCAGUACAAAGAGCUGGAGGAGAAGAGACGAGUGUUUGAGGAGGAGAAGACCAACUGGGAGGCUCAGCAGAAGAUCCUGGAGCAGCAGAAACUAGACGCCUCCAAAACAAUGGAAAAGAACAAGAAGAAGGGCAAGAUCUUCUAAAUCCUGCUUUUUUUUGUUUUCUACAAACUCAUUUGUUCUCGACCUCCUCAAAGUUCACCUCUUCUGUGGCCGUCUGAAAACAAUGACGCUGGCACUUGUCAUAACAUUCCUCCUGUCUUAUACUGGACGCCAUACACUCUGUUACUGUAAGACGUUGCUUUUAUGAGGAAUGCAUGUGUUUGUGAAAAAAACAAACUUUUUUUUCUAUACUUUAUGACAAAGAGGAUAUUGCCUCUGAAUUACAUUUGAACACACAGGGCACUGACUGUGCUAGAGCUGUUAUGUCACAUGUACAAUAAUACAGCUGAUACUAUCCUCAUUUUCUUUUGUUGAUCUCAUCUUAAAGGACCCCUGAGAAUGAAUAAGUAAGUUGGUAAAGCAGGUUUGUAUGUUAAAGCUGUGAUGUUAUUCUUAAACUGACCAGUAUUUAAGGCAGAGCUUGAAUACAGUUUGAACAGCGAGGUCUAUAAAUGUAGUCGGUUAACAACAAACUUUUAUAUUUAGAAAAAUGAGACCAAGAAUACUCACCGGAUCUGAGCCUACCUUUUACAUUUCUCUAAAAUGUAAAUGUAAAAAUUUCUUGAAUGCGGUGGAAAAUGUUCAAACCAAUGAACAAAUGGUCUAAUCUGGAGCACUGUGCGUCCGUUUGUGGAGGUGGUUGGAGCAGGGUCUGUUUGCCUGUUUUUACACUCAGGAAAAUACUACAGCCACUACAGUCAUUGCCUUGUGUGUGUUUCCUCUGAGUAGAUGCUAUUAUGCAAACCAGUGUGUUUAAAACAGCAGGGUUCAGUAACAGUGUUAAUAUUGUGAUGGAAGUCAUGGGUGUUGUUCUAGCCAGUACCUAAACCACUCCUGGACUUUCCCUCUCAUUUGGAAACUUUUAUGCUCUAUUUUAACUCCCAAUUUUAAACUCCUUUAUACUGUAUUUGUUGUAAUGUUUUAUACCAAUAACCUUAUGAUCUAUUUUAUGUCACAAGUAACAGAAAAUGGAGAUCCACUUAAACCACAUGGGGGCAUAUUUUCGCUUUUGAAGUGCUUUGAACAUGUCCAAACUGUUAUGUUACACACUACAGUUAAGUUUUGGAGUGUGUUUUGGUAGACAUUUUAUAUGACCAAAAAGGGAUUCCAUAUUACUUAAAUCAAGAGAGAGGUCAAAUAUGCUUUUGUGUGGUCUAUUCAGAAAGCAGCACAUCAACAUGCAUUUUAAUAUAGCUUAUGUCAUAUGUUUUAUUUUCAUAUGUAAUGAUAACGAUGAUAUACAUUCUAUAUUUGGUUCCCUUGUAGUUUUCUAAAAAUUAACAUAUAUGAGUGUUAUUUUUGACAAGGCUCUGUCACGGUGCAUUUUAAGCUAAAGGGAAGAAGCUACAGGCAUGGGUUUUGUAUUUUCGACUAUGUUACCUUGAGUUCAUUGGAAUAGACAUACACCAUGCCUGAAGCUUGAACUGAAAUAUGCCUGACGUGUACACUUACUUUUGGGCUCAGUGGCCUUUCAUUUAAGAGUAUUUUAUUGUUAACAAUCCUUUACACCGUAUAGAAAAGCAUAAUUUUAAAAUGGCAUCUUCACUGUUGCCGCUGGAUGCACAUUCUCAGGUCCAAUCCAUUAGAGCUUCCCUAAAGGUUGACAGAUACUGAAAUAUUGUUUGUUGCUUGUGAACCACUCCCCUUCAAAUAGUUUCAGCUAAUAACAUGUGUUUAGGUGCAUUUUUGUAAUAUUCUUUUUUUUUAUAUGUACACAGCUUUUCUUCUUUAUUUUAUGUUUAUCUGUCUUAAAAUGUACAUGUUUAAUAUUAAAGUUGACAAUGUUAUGCAUUAA